AAGCACCAAAACUUCUGACUUUUGAAUAAUUUGAUCAAGUCAUAAUAACAUUAUAAUUUAUUCAAACCCAAUGAUGAAUAAAAGGUUCAAGUUUUAAAGCUUACAAGAAAAAAAAAAAAAAAAAAUCAUUCAGCCAAGCUAAUGGAUUUCUCACACAUCUUUCUCUUCUUCUUCUUCCUCUUCCUCUUCCCCACUUCAUCCACAGCUCAAAGUUGCUCUAUUUCCAACUGUAUCAACAACAAUUUCGACAUCAGAUUCCCCUUCCGAAUUCCAUACCAGCAACCUGCAAGAUGUGGCUAUCCUGGUUUCAACUUAGCCUGCAACAAAGCGGGUGUGGCGACUGUAAAUCUAUCUGCUUCUGAACAUUUUUUGGUAAGAAGUAUCGAUUAUGUCACUCAACAGAUACAGCUCUAUGAUCCAGAUGAUUGCCUUCCUAGAAGACUUCUGCAAGGCUUCAACAAACUCAAUCUCUCAAACUCCCCAUUUAUACCACUUUUUAGUCAGAAUAUUACCUUUUUAAGCUGCCCAUCUCAGUUUGCAAUGUCGCGUUUUCCUGUCAUUGGUUGUCUUAGCAAUUCAACCGACUCAGUUGUGGCUACUUCCUCGAUGAGUUUUGCCAAGUCAAUGUCAACCUCUUGCAAGAUCAUGAAUACUUUACCUGUCCCAGUUUCAAACCCAGAUGAGACCAAUCAACUUUUAACUAACCUCAAUGGUGAUCUCGUGCUAACUUGGUAUAGCCCUGCUUGCGGUAUCUGCGAGACAGAAGGCAGGCUUUGUGGGUACAAAAGCAAUAGUGGUCAGGGGAUUGCCUGUUACAACAAGUACACAUCAGAGGAAAACAAUGGUCUCAGAGUAUUGCGGAUUAUCUGUGUGGUGAUUGUUCUACCGACUUUGAUGUGUGUCUUUGGACUUGGCUGUUUUCUCUGCUUCGCAAAGUGGGGCUAUGGCCUUAUGGACAGCAGAGGAAACCAAGUUCAGCAUCAGCAGCAGGUCAAUCCAGCAGGAUCUGAUUUAGAGGCACCGACCCGUUUGAGUGGUCUAGACGAAUCCACCAUCGAAUCAUAUCAAAAGGUAAUCCUUGGAGAAAGCCGGCGGCUGCCUGGCCCCAAUGGCACCACCUGUCCCAUAUGCCUUGGAGAGUACUUAACCAAAGACACUGUCAGAUGCAUUCCUGAGUGCAAGCAUUGCUUCCAUGUUGAUUGUAUUGACCAAUGGCUUCGAGUCAACAGCAGCUGCCCUCUUUGUCGAAACUCUCCCAAUCCCUCCCCUUCCCAUUUAACUUCAAUCUCAUGAUCUUCCCAAUUCUUCUCAUACACGUAAGUAGAAAA